UUUUCUCACAAAUUUUUCAAUAUUUUCGACCUUUGCAAUGUCGAUAGAACAUGAAUUUACACGAUGGCUUCGAAGAAACGACAAAAGUUUUGUGGAGAAUCUUCGGUUUGCUAUAAAGGCCUGGCAAUCGGUGGAGUUUUCUUUAAAUACUAAAUAUGAAAUUAUAAUUGAAUGGAUAUCGGAGCAGGACUUACUACAAGACGGUGAUGUAGUUGUCGAAGACUUUGUAGAAUUGCUAACUUUAAAAGUUCACCCAGGUAUUGUAGGUCAGCAAAUUAAGAGACAAUUUGUUGAAUGGUUAUUAAACUUGGCGAAAAGACAUUGUAAUGUUCCUGGUGUAGCGGUCACACGUAAAUGGCCAGAAAUAUUAAAAUUAUUAAUAGAAUUUGAGUUGCUACAAGACUUGUAUCGUGUGGAUUACGAAUUGAAUGCUCGCACCUAUGCAGCAGUUUUCCAAUGCUACGAAGAAUAUCUUAUUCCGAUGCGAAAUGGUACUCCGUUUUUAUUUAAUCAUGAGUCGGAAUUUUUAAUGUCAGUAUUUAACACUUUAAAGGAUUACAUCAAACUUUGUGCAGACAUUAGCAAGUACGAGAAGUGUUUCACAAAAUUCACCAUUGAACCCUUCGUGCGUGUACUGUUAGAAUUACGUCAAAAUUCAUUAGAUUUAUUCGAACAAUUAGUAGAAGUUGAACGAUUGUUAACUAAGGAAUUAUCGGGAUUUGACGCAGCGCUAAGAGUAGUAAAAAUGCCAUUAUAUGUUCGGCUCAUGGUCUUAGAAAGCUCUUUAGUCAAUAGGAAGUGCAUGCCAGAAUUUGUGCAAGAAUUAAUCAAUAGGGGAUUUAACGAUUUCUUUAGUUUGUUAAAGUCAUCCCAAGACCCCGGCUUGGUGUUAAAUGUUGCAGCGUAUACUUUGGAAAUAUUCAACCGCCACGAUAUUAAUUUGAAUAUGAAAAUGAAUGAUAAUAAUAAGACUAUACUUGAAUAUUUGGGUUUUGAAUUAUACAACGGAAUAAAACAAUAUACCGAUACCCAUACACUAGAGGUGUUGUUGUUGUUGCGAGCAGCGCUGCGCUUAAAUCCACUUUUAUUAGAGCAAAAGGUGUUUGAAUUAACAGCCUGCAUAAUGUUAGCUCCCAAAUCGAACGAUCAUGAAGAGAAGCAUUCUUUCGAGGAAUAUUUGGUUCUCUUAAUGGACAUGUUUAGGCGCUUAAGUAGAGCUGAAAAAUUUGUUGCAAAUUUGUUAAAGGCAAUUAAAGAACGGGUUGCCUUUGUUGAAUUCGAUUCCGGAAAAGUGAUCAAAGCAAAGUCGCCAGAACGUAUGCCUUCACCAGCUAAGAAGAAAAAAAAACUGUUUUACACUGAUGAUAAAGAGAUUCAAAUAUGUUUGCGUAUGAUGUUUGACGAUGUCUUUAAACCCCUUGAUAAAAGUAAGUGCGAAUCAGUCACAACGAUAAUUCCAACUGGUCACACUUUUGCAAAAUUGCAAAAUUUCUGGCCAAGUCGAUCGGCGGGUGCAGCAUUUUCAAAGCUUAUAACAAGUUUAAUGUCAAAACCAUCACUUGUUAUAUGGAAAACAUUAUUGUUUUCUUUAAAAGAUAUAUUAAAAAUGUCCGCAACUAAUUUGGAUUUGGAUGAAAAAACUUUGUUUCUAUUUGAUUUUCACGCAGCGCUUUUAAGUCAAUACUUUGCUGGCUGCAAAUUGAUGGAACAGUACGAAACUCAUUUGGACGCCAUAUCAUCGCAGCGCCAAUUUUCUUUCGAAAUUUUAGAAUUAUUUGGAAAAUUUUUACUAGAACGUGAACAUCAAAUUCGAUUAAUGAGUUCUUUUUUGGAAUUGUGUUAUAGUACGGCUUGUUUUGAAUUAACAUUGCUUUACUACAAAGCGGAUAGUUGUCUCGAUGAAUCACUCAACUUUUCCAAAUACGUUGAAGAAAUGCAUUCGUAUCUCAGCCCUCAGGAAUGGGUACUUGUCGAGCAAAGGGUUGUCAAUUUUGGGAAACCCAAUUGCAAAUUUCUACUGCAACGAUUACAAUUACAGCGCGUUCAAGCAAAAAUGCUAUUGUUAUCUCAAGCAACCAAUUUACAAUAUUCCGUUUUCCCAACUCUCUCAACCGAUCCUGUGUUGGUUAAUUUAAUGCUUCAGUCUCCCCAUGCCGAAUGGAUGAUAGCCCAAUUGGAAAUCAAAGAAAAAGAAUUAAUUGCCAAACAUAUUUUAACUAAUCUUGAUCUGUUGCCAAUAGCUUCUCAGGAUCUACAAUUAUUGGAAUUAGUUACAUUAGCCAUUUUUGAAAAUUUAAGCCAAGCUAUUGCGUCGAAACGUUCAAUUUUAAAAUCUCUUACUUCUUAUUUUGAGAAGAUACGGGAAUGCACUGAAAUAGGCGCCUGUGAAGAGCUCAUUAAGAAUUUAAUUGAAAUUGUAAUUGCUCGCUCCGAAGAAGACUAUAAAGUGAAAUCUGUGAAUAGAACUAAAAUACAAAAUGCUCUACAAUUAUUAGGUCAAUUACCGAUCGGUCAGUUAAGGCGGCAACGUAAAACUAUUGCGUUCAUCGUAGAGUUGGCAUUAUAUCGUGACAUAAAAACGGCUCAAGAAGGUGAUCUCGCUGCACAAACCUUAGAAAUUAUAAAAGAUUUACUACAUUUUGGUCAGCGAUUGUUCAUAUUCAAAUACUUUACUACGGAAUCGUUGCUUAAAGUUUUACCUGCUGAUAAUUGUUGGGAGUUAUAUGAAUAUUUCUUUAGCACCAUUAAAGACGAAGAAAAAGGCACUGAGCAAUUUCUGGAAGGUUUAGCCACAAUACUAUUCAACUCCCAGUGUUCUAACAUGUUAACAGCCGCAGAAAGGCGUCUUCUGAUGAUAAGCAUUGAGACGUUAAACUCCGUUAGCGGUGUAAGCGCAAAGCGUCUCAGAAAACAUUUAAACACAUUUCUGGAAAUUUUUAUUGCUUAUGUGAAAAACUAUUUUUCAUCUGAGCAUAACGAUCGCACGACAAAAAGUGACAAAAAAUUCGUCCAAAAUACCUUGUCCGGCUUUAUUUACUAUGCGAAUUCAAUAUUAGCGAAGCAAAGUAACGCUGCAGACGAUAAUAUAAAUAUACUAGAAAUCGAUGAAGAUUUUAGACGUGUUGUUAAAACAUAUAUUGGUCAUUCGAUAGACUACAGUGAUAUUCACGCCUUGAACUUGACGCAUAUCGCCUUAAACUAUCGUGAACAACUGCAUUUCGAUCAAGAUGAGAUCGAAUUUAUUUUGUCUAAUUAUUGGCGGCAAUUAAAUAAAGCCAUAGAUAAAGGCGGGCUAGACGUACAAAAAUUAGAACAAAAUAAGACUGUCGAGCUGGCAGUAAAAAUGAUUACUAGCAAUAAAACCAAUGAAGAUUUUUUGCUUAUAUUAAAAACCAUUAAUAAUGAAUUGAAAGAUGAAAACAUUGUCAGCAUUUUAAGCCUGUUAAGACUUUUAGCGAAAUGCCCUUUUAGUACUGUAAAGGGAGCGAUAUUCAAUGAGAAUUACAAACAGAUAAUUUUUAACAUUAAUUUACGACUGAUAUCAAAGGAGGGUCAACGGAUAUGUAAUUCAUAUCAUAGCUGGUUGCUCGGUCUUUUAAAAUGUCAUCAGGCAAUUAUUGAAAAUAAAAUGGUGCCCAUGUCAGCGGACAGUAUUGACGCUAUUAUGACGUUCCUAGUGGAUCUUAAUAUAAAAUCAUUUUCAUUAAAUGACACUAACCUACAGGAAUUUUAUUCAAUUCAUUUGGCUAUGAUUGCGGUUUGCUUUAGUCUUGUUAAACAUCGACAUCUAUUCUUAAUUGAUCGCGUUCCUCAAUACAUGCAUAUAUUUAAAGAUCUAAUUCAAGCAAUUUUGUGGCAUCAAAGUGAUCGUCGAAAAAAUGUUGGUUUGUCUAAUGAUGAACUUGAUGCUUUAACUGAAUCGUCUCUUAAACUUGAGUCUCUAAUGCAUUUAAUAGCCCAACAGAGUAUAGCUUUUAAACGUGUGGCUCCUUUCGUUUUAAGCUUCAUUAUUAACUUAAUCGUAAGCAAUAAGAGAUCCACAACGUUGUAUAAUAAGAUUAAGACACACAUUGAAAAUAUUUGCUACGAGUUAAUCGCUAUUUGUGAUCAUCGAGUAGGUCGGUUUAUAUUACGUUGCUCAAAUGAAGCUGGCCGUCAAUUAUACGAAUUAUUACUCAAAGACUAUCAAAAGUAUCAUAAAUUUAAGGGAAAAGUGUAA